AUGAAGACAGUUAAUUUCUGUGUCCUAUUACUUUUCUGGAAAACAGUCUAUUCCAAUCACUGUGCGCUAUCCAAUGUCACAAUAGCAGUGGAAAAGGAGGAAUGCGGGUUUUGCAUCAGCGUGAAUGCAACUUGGUGCUCCGGUUAUUGCUACACGAAGGAUCCCAUUGAUAAGUUCUCCCGAAAGAAAUUUGUUCAGAACGUUUGCACAUUCAAGGAGAUUGUGUACGAGACUGUAAAGAUCCCAGGAUGCGCUGGUCAUGCAGAAUCCUUUUAUUCCUAUCCAGUAGCAACAGGAUGUCACUGUGAGAUUUGUGACGGAGACCUCACUGACUGCAGCACCACAAAUGGCUUAAAUCCAAGUUAUUGUUCCUUUGGACAAAAUCAGCUCAGAGAAUGA